UAGUUACUGUAACUAUCGAGCCCACGCACUCAUCUGUGCAGCGAGCUAAACAGCCGAAAGAGUCUCGUUUAACUCUUAUCUUCAACGUUUAUCUUUCUGAACAGCUUUUGGAGAUUUAAAGCGAAACAAAAUGAAGUACGUCAGUUCUGUGUUUUGGAGAUUUUGCCUGACAGUGUCGCGGUCCCGCAUGUUUUUUGGUGUGAAUGUCAAAAGGUUCCAUUGAAUGAGGGCACAUUUGGAAGACACAGUACAGACAUGUACAGCCCCAAAGAGCUAGAGGGAGAAGUUGACCACUCGUUCUUUGACAGUGACUGUGAAGCUAAUGGACUUGAUGGUUCUGAGGAUGGGCGGCUCAAUAAACAGAAGGCCUCAGAACGGCAUGAUGAGAGAACAGGAAAAGAGACCCAUGUUUCAAUGGAUCAGAUAGGGAGUGAAGUUAAAAGUGGGAGGAACAGUAAAAAUAAAGCCAGAUUGGAGGAUGGUUCAAACCAGCAGGGCAGACAGGGACGGAGUGAACAGACAGAAUAUGAAAGAGAGCGACAAAGUAGUGAUGCACUUUUCAAAGGCUCCUCAACACUCCCAAAUGCCACAAGCUUAGAGACUAUGAACAACAGCCAAUCAGAAGAAGGAUCUAGUGUGCAUUCAUACUCAUCUGAUGAGGAAAGAGAGCUGGAUGAGAAGCAUGCUGCUUUUAAACUCAGGAAAACCAAUGGUAAUGUUAACAGUGAUGAUGAUGAUGGAUACCAUCGUAGUAACGAUGAAAGUGAGGACGAUGUGAGAUCAACAAAACAUAAGAGACUGUCCCAUGGAACACCUAAAAAAUCUGCUGGUAAAUUCCACAAGCUGAGCCACAGCCGCUCGUCAUCAUCUGAUCCUGAGUCCUCCAACAGUAGUGAAGAGAGAAGCUCAAUUCGCUCGCAGAAACAUCAGCGGGUAGGUUCAGCUAACCAGAAAGAGCGACAAAAAGAAGUGGCAGAAUCUGAAGACACAGUCACUGAUGUUACACCUCUCUCAACACCAAAUGUUAGUCCUUCACAGUCCAUUGAUGUGGUUCUGCCCUCUGAACCCUUGGCAGCAGAUGUUCAACAACAACAGCCCAGUGUUGCAGAAGAGACGGUUGUGAAUGAUGGUUCGGACGGUCAGGGCAGUAUAAGUUCUGAAGGAGAGAAUGGAUCAGUGUUUUUAAAAGUAGAGAAACAGUUAGACAGAGUACUUGUGAUCUCCAGCCCUGGCAGUGUUGGCAGCAGCCGUAAGAACUAUUCCUUCUCAAAUGAAGAGGUACGAGAGAUUGACCGGGAGAAUCAGCGGCUAUUACGUCAACUAUCCAAUUCCACGGCACGUUCACGUAGCGGCAGCUCCGCCUGCUCCAAAACCAGCAGUCGAAGGAGCAGUACACCAGCUAUACGCCUUUAUCACAGCGCCCUCAACAGACAACGAGAGCAAGAGCGAAUCCAGAAAGAAAACCUGUGCUCUUCUACUCAGACGCCCCAGUAUGUAUCACCAAAUGUUCUUUGGAGAUUUUAUUCAUUCAUGUAAUGAUGUUUAUUUUAGUAUUCUGUGAAGUGUGCGUGGGGUGGGGGGCGCUGUCAGCCACAGCCAGUGAAAGCAGAGAGACAGUUACCACCUCACUCAGACGAGAAGAGACAGGUGGAAGCAGUUUUGCGCACAUGCUGGUCUUGACAUUAUACUGAAUUCACCCCGUACUUUUCUCAUCUAAGCUUCAGUGAGUGAGAGAGAGAGUAUUAUGCAACUCAUUUUCAUUGGAAUAAAAUAUAAUUUAAAGGGAUUACUGCAAUUCACCCGAAAAUAACAUUUUGCCAUCAUUUACCCACUUUUUGAAACCUGUAUGAUUUUCUUCUGAUAUUGUUUUUUAGCUUUGUGUUGUUUGCUGAUAAUCUUUCUAUCCGCUGUAGCUCACAAAUUUCAUUUGUUUGAGAGCGAGUCAAUGAUGAGGAUCUGUCUGGUUCUGUGCUUUUGGAAGCAACAUAAUGUUUGCGUUUUGAACUCUCUUAACCUUGCUUGUUUACUGUUACACAUGCAUAUUCUCUCUCUCUCACUCUCUCUCUUUCGGUCAUCCUCACAGAGCCUUACGAUGUCAGAUCCUCCUGUCAGUUUUUAUUGAAGAAAACAGAAAACUGAAAAUAAAAUUCUCCUUAAUCAGUGGAAGCAGGGACUAUGAGCUGAGACUCCGACUGCAUGUUCCUCCAGGUCUUGUUAGCGUUUUACUGCCUAGCAACUAAUGCUGGAACACAAUAACAAGAGUACAAGACAGUCACUCUCUUUCUUUAAGAGCACUGAGCGAGCUGUCCUCUAUCUUCACCUUUACUCUAUUUCCAGUCCCUGCUCUUUUCAUGGGUUUUGCUUACUGAGUGGUUUCCAAAGGGGUGUUUGUACAUACGACAUACGGAGGCAUGACAGCCUGUGACAUUCUGAUCCUCGUGCACAGGUUAUUUUUAUUCUCAAUGGUUCACUGUGGCUUUUCAGAGUUCAUAGUUGUAGUCUGCUCUCUUGUUCAUCUUGUUUGAGGCAAGUUAAUGUAAGUUCAUAGAUGUCUGAAAGCUUUUAGCUUUAGGGUGAACACAUAAAAUCAGUCAAGAAAAUUUACCUUGUCAUAUUUUUUCCUAAAUAUAUAGAAAAAAGAAAUGUUUUGCUAAAAUUAAGUUUUUUAAGGACUAUUGUGGUAUUUUUGUGACAAUCAAGCACAUUUUUCCU